AUGAAGGUCUUACACGUUUGGCUUUUGCUCCUGCUGUGCUCUCUGCCGGUUAAAGCUGGAGAUGAGACAGCGGAGGAGAAUUUGCACGGAGAGAAAGAAAAUGAGAACGAGACUGAGCCAGAGAAAAAGGAAAAGACAGAUGAGCUAACGGAGGAGAAGGACGUCCUGGUGCUGCAUGACAAGAACUUUGCACGUGCCCUGAGCGAGUACAAAUAUCUGCUUGUGGAGUUCUACGCCCCAUGGUGCCGCCACUGUCGUGCGCUUGAGCCAAUAUUCGCUGAGGUGGCAGCCCAGCUGAAAAACGAGUCUUCUUCGGUACGACUGGCCAAGGUCGAUGCGACGGAAGAGAAAGAACUUGCAGAGGAGUUUGAAGUCAGCAGCUUUCCAACACUUAAAUUCUUCAAGGAAGGCAACAGAAAGAACGCUACAGAAUUUACAGGAAAACGCAAUGCGAAGGGCAUCAUGCAGUGGCUGCAGCGACACAUGGGGCCCAGCACCACCCUUCUAAAUAAUGAGAAAGACGCUCAGGAACUGCUUGAUGCACAUGACGUGGUUGUGGUUGGAUUCUUUAAGGACCUGGAAGGUGAGAAGGCAAAACUGUUUUAUGAUCUUGCGCUAGACAUCGUUGAAAUUAACUUUGGCAUAACGAGCAGCCUGGAGCUUUUUCAGAAGUAUGAAGUACAGAAGGAAUCGUUGGUGCUUUUUAAAAAGUUUGAUGACGGGCGGACGGACAAGAUUCUUCCAGAGGACGACAAACUGGAUAAAGAUGAGCUAAUCACAUUCAUCCGGGCCAACAGUCUUGAGCUCGUUAUUACAUUUAGUGAGGAGAACGCUGAUAAAAUUUUCUCCAGUGAAGUCCACAAGCACCUCAUUCUGUUCCUUAACACAACAGUCGAGUCCCACAACUCUCUGCUGAAGGACUACAGGGCCGCAGCCAGUGAGUUUAAAGGGAAAGUGCUGUUUGUCAAAGUCGAUGUCACAGAGGUUUCCCAUGUGCUGAACUAUUUCGGUUUGUCUGCAAGCGACGCCCCAGUUCUCCGUCUCGUCAACACAGAUACUGUGAAGAAAUAUGCCAUGGCAGAAGCAACCAUCAACAAAGACACGCUAAAAACCUUCUGCCAGGGCGUGCUGGAUGGCACCAUUACGCCUGAUUUGAUGAGCCAGGAUGCUCCAGAGGACUGGGAUAAGAACCCCGUGAAAGUUCUUGUAGGGAAGAUCUUUGAACAAGUUGUGUUUGAUGAGACCAAGAACGUCUUUGUGGAAUUCUAUGCUCCUUGGUGUGGCCACUGCAAGGAGCUCGCUCCUGAGUGGGACAAGCUGGGAGAAAAGUACAAGGACCAUGAAAACAUCAUUAUAGCCAAGAUGGACUCCACAGCCAACGAAGUGGAGUCAAUCACUGUCCAGGGGUAUCCCAGCCUGAAGUACUUUCCAGCAGGGGCUGAAAGGAAGGUGAUUGAUUACAAUGGAAACAGAGACUUGGAUACUUUCAUCAAAUUCCUUGAUAAUGGGGGAGUGCUGCCAGAAGAAGAAGAGGAAGAAGAGGAGGAGGAGGACGACAAAGAGGAGGUCUCCCGUGACUCAACGGAGGAGUCAGAGCAACAAGAUGAAUCAAGCAGCAAAGACGAACUGUAAAAUUCGUCUCGUGAAUGAAGUGAGAUUAACAUUCGGUCAAAAAACAGCAGGAAAAUAAUGUUGACAUUUACCUGCAGACAUAAAUGUACAGCAUGCAAAAUUGAUACAUGAUAGUGAAUACUUUACUUUUUAAGGUUUUGUAUUAGUCAACCUGAUGUACCAAAUUUCACCCUUUAU